UCCCGGAUGUUGGCUCUGCAACCGAGAGAGAGGCGAACUAGGGAGAAGGCGGAGAGAAGCUGUGAAGGGACGCCACGGCACCGCAGGCACACACCGGCGAACCUUGCCCGGGACGACAAGCGUCAGGCACUCGGGACAACUCUCCGGUGGCCACCGGCAGACGCUAACAGAGGAGGUGGAAGGCAGAAGACGGCGGGAGCAGUUACUGUGAAACUACCGCGAGGAUUACGGAGACCACCGUCAACAACAGCAGCGGCGGCGUCUCUCUCUCCCAGAAUUUGCCUUGGAGAAGACAGCAUGCUGAUGUCCUGAUCUGAGGGAGUCCGCCCAUACUUCUUCACCAUUUAUCCCUUCACCCAUCAGUCCAUCAAGCUCCACCAGACGCCACCCGCUGUACCCCCAGGCAGUCCCCUCUCCCCCCCACCACCCACGGCCUGCCGUCACCAUGACGUCGGAGCUGGAGAGUAGCCUGACCUCCAUGGAUUGGCUCCCUCAGCUUACCAUGCAGGCGGCCAUCCGCAAGGCCGACGGCCAGAACGCCCACGGGCCAGGCAUGGGCAAGAAGAGCACCCUCCUGGAUCCCAACACCACGCUGGACCAGGAGGAGGUUCAGCAGCACAAGGACGGCAAGCCGCCAUACAGCUACGCCAGCCUCAUCACGUUCGCCAUCAACAGCUCGCCAAAGAAGAAGAUGACGCUGAGCGAGAUCUACCAGUGGAUCUGCGAUAACUUUCCCUACUACAGAGAGGCAGGAAGUGGAUGGAAGAACUCCAUACGGCACAAUCUGUCAUUGAACAAGUGUUUUCUCAAAGUGCCUCGCUCCAAAGAUGACCCAGGAAAGGGCUCUUACUGGGCCAUUGACACCAACCCAAAGGAGGACGCCUUGCCCACACGGCCAAAGAAGAGGCCACGGUCUGGAGAGCGGGCUUCUACGCCGUACAGCCUGGAGUCGGAGUCUUUGGGAAUGGAGUGUAUGAUCUCUGGAAGUGCCUCUCCAACGCUGGCAAUCAACACUGUGACUAACAAGGUGGCGCUCUACAACACAGACCAGGAAGGGAGCGACAGUCCGAGAAGCAGCCUUAACAACAGCCUGUCUGAUCAGAGUCUGGCCUCCGUCAAUCUCAACAGUGUGGGCAGCGUGCACAGCUAUACGCCGGUGACCAGUCACCCCGAACCCGUGUCCCAGUCUAUGAGCCUCCAGCAGCCGCAGUCCCAGUACAACAUGCCAGACAGGGACAAACAGCUCAUGUUCAAUGAAUUUGAAGAUCUCAGUGCCUCCUUCCGCAGCCUUUACAAGUCUGUCUUUGAGCAGUCCUUCAGCCAACAAGGUCUGAUGGGAAUCCCGUCAGAUUCUUCGCAGCAGCAGACCCACACAUCCUGCUCCUAUCAGCACUCCCCAAGUGGCGCCAUUAGCACCCAGAACAACCUGUCUAACAACCAGUCCAAUAACCACCCCAACAGCCACUCCAACAACAGCGGCCAGGUGCCCCUGUCCCACCCGGCCCAAGCCCAUCCCGGACACGACUCCCCGCACGCGCAGCACCUCCCGCACAACCAGCACGCUCAGCACAACCAGCAUCCGCAGCACCCUCAGCACGCAGCGCAGCACCCACAGCACGGCCAGCACCCGCCGCAACACCCGUCCCACGGCCAGCACCCGCAGCAGCACACGCCGCACCCCUCCCAGCACGGCCAGCACCCUCCUCAGCAUCAGAGCCUCUCGCACCAGCCGCAUCCAACCCAGCAGCAAAUGGCCUGCAAUCCAGGGUUACUUUCUGACUGGUACCCCAAUCUGGACGCACUGAAAGCGAGCUGUCGUGUUGCAAGCAGCUACAACUGGGCUGACGUCGACCUUUCACCUUUCCAAGGAUUGAGAGAAAGCAUGAGGCAAGCGGAGUUGAACAACUGGUCUCUGGAGCCCACCCAGAUUGCAGACCUGUGCUCCUCCAUCAACCAGUUUUUUGCCCGCACCGGUGUCAUCUCGUCACAGGGGGCGGUGCAGCCCUCCGUCUGCCACGGCCCCAUGCACCCAAACAAACCCAGCCAGCACCUCGGCACAGGAAAUCUCUACAUGGACUCCAGACAGAGCAUGUCCAUGAUGGGCCCCCCAGGAUACCCACACAUGCCCCCCAUGAGCAGCGCAGGGCCCACCAUGACUGGACACCACGCUCAGCUGAACCAGCAGCAGCACAUGAUGCCCAGCAGAAACUUCCAGAUGCAUCGCAUGCCGGCGGACGAUAUCCAGGAUGAUUUUGACUGGGACUCCAUCGUUUAGCCGCCUUCUUCUUAGGCUGACACAAGGAGGGAAGGAGCAAGGAAAGGAGGAGGAAGAAGCCAGAGGAAAUGAGGCUGGGAUAAAAAGGCUGCAGCAGGGAGGGGGUUGGAUGAGGAUGAAGAUGCCGGCGUCCCUCAAAGGUGGGACGUGGGUGAACAUGACAUGGCGUGAUGGAGGAGGACAUUUUUACAGGAGUAAAACUAUCAGACAAUCAAGUGUGGUGGGACAGAAUCAAGCGUAUGUCUGGACCACAACUAGCCAGCCCCCCCUUCCAGCGGCCUUCCAAAAAAAAAAAAAAAUUAAAAAAUGCCCCCCCACCCUCGCCACCACCACUCUUUACGGCUUCUAUUCCCCUUCUCCAUACCUCUUCUUCUGUGUUUGGAGCCACGUGUUCAGUUCAGCUUGUGAUUCUUUUUCUCGUCUUGGCCUCGUGGACGCCUUCAUCUCUCUCCUCUUAGUGUUUUAUUUUGGAAAGAAACACAGGCCGCCACCCCCUCUGCGUGUCACGUGACCACGCUGCAGGAAGAAGCGAUGCCCCCAUAUGUGGCCGAACAGGGUUUUUGAAAAUGUUGAGCAAAGCCAAACAAUGUGCAAAGAAGUUUUUUUUUUAUUUUAUUUUGUUUUUUUUAAUUCUAUCUUGACUGCCUUCAGGAUUUUUAUUUUAUAUUUUAUUUUGGCACUCCUUGUCAUCCUGAGCUAUUCUCUUUAGGGGAUAUAUGAUUAAUUGAUCAUUAAGAAGUUAACGGAUUAAUCGUGUCUUGAAUACAAUUGAGACAAAAUGGAAUGCACUGCUUGUUUCCCUCCCAGCCAGUUUGCUGUCUAAAGAAGUCCAAACAUGGCGUCAGCUAUGGAAAGUUGAUCUACAUCGGCACUGGAAAAAGGAGUUGAGAACAUUCAGAGGGAGAUAGGAUUGACCCACAUGCAGUAUAAGUCUGAAAAAGACUGAUAGGUUGUAGAAAUGUAUACAUGCAAACCAAUAGGUGGAGUCAUAUAACUUCUUCCCCCCACUAAGGCAGUCAGCUUUUCUUCCUUUCACUCACACACUCAUACACCAGUGACCUGUUGAGACACGGAGACCCUCUGGUGUCCCAAAGGUUGUUAGCUUGCUAGCAAACAUCAGAGGCGGAGUCAUGGUGCUAAUUUAAAAAUAAUGAAGUCAUCAAAGUUUUUUACAAAUGUGGGUCAAACGGUUGUCUCAUAUAGUACAUGGACGUCUUAUAUCCGGGGCAAUACGGUACCAAAUUGUCCUCAUAGUCCACAACAAACCUCCAUUUUGCCUCAAUUGUUUCAACAAUCACUUCCUCCCAAUUGGCAGAAACAAUCAAUAAAUGGACUAAUGAUUAUUAAGGUCAUCCUAUAAAGACAAGGUUGAACUUCUGUUCUGUUAGUCCAUUCCUGAACGCUGGUCGACCUCCCCCCCCCAAAGGAAAUCAUGGAAAUGUAUUUAGUCCCUUCUAAGGUCAAAUUGUGGCUGUGCGCUUGGCUUUUGAAGUCAAAAAAGUGGUUGAAUUGUGAAUUCUAAGCCUUUAAAGGUUCGAGUGUAUUCCCAAAUCUCCUUUAAAGAAAAACUGCAGGUUUUUUUUACAUUUUGCCCAUCAUCCACAAUCCUUAUGUGAGACAUGAACACUUAUGUCGUUCUCUGUUCUGUGACAGAUAAGCUGAGCCAUCUCAUUACUGCACAUAUGGGACAUACUUAUUCCUACCAUAAAUCACCUGAAAAAGUCUCCAAAAAGCGCCAAUAAUGCUCCGUUUACAUAUAAUGUGCGGUGCAUAUAACCAAGCUACAAUAACAUUAUUAUUAUUUUUGUUACGCCGAUCGAACUACAUUAUUGGCGUAUUGACAUUUAGCCAUACCACACCGGCCAGCUACAGGCCGGCGAGCGACUAGCUUCACCACAGACUCGCACGCAGCGCGUCAGCGUGGCGCUCACAACGCCUCAGACACUACCGAAAGGUAAGGCUGCAUAUUCAAGAUGCCGCCAGCGCUGUUGUGUUUUUACUUCUGAGUUUGGAAAAGUUAACGCAAGGUGUAGGCGUUCGUUUACACGACGUUGCUAUGUGAAUUCAAUGCGCCGAGCAAGGAAGCUCCGGCAAUGCUUAGAAUGGCCGAAAUAUAUGAAAAAUACUGUAAGUAUUGCGUUAUGAUGAAUGUACCUGUUACUACAUGGUCACAGCAUGGAUAGAAAACCAUAAAACCUUCUUGGAGGUUUUUGGAGGUGUUUUAAUAGCAGUCUUUGCAGACGGCAUAGGUGUAUCCCAUUACGUGCACUACUGAGCUGUCACUGGCACAUCAGCUUUUCACUUUUAAGAUCUAUCAUGUGGGGCUCUAUGUUGAUGACAAUCUUUUUUUUAAUACUGAAAGGGGCCAUUUUGAAAAAAUGUUGCGUCCUUGUGUGAAUCAACAGGUUAAGACACUGCCGUUGGAUUCGGUAGUUGAAGCUAAUGGUUAGCUUUCGCUGUUGUCCCCGUUUUGCCUUUUUGUCACUAAUUGAUUGCAGCAUGUCGUUAAAGAAGUCAAAAGACAAACUUAAGUAAACUUGGGACGAGCAUUUGACAGUUUUUUUUUUUUUUUCACAAGAGCUGAUAUUUUUUUAAAGUGGUUCUGAACUCCCAUUUCCACGCCUAGUGCCGUCUUGAGUAAUGGCGCCCAACUGCGGGUGCGGCUCAACUCUCCAUAGCCGACGGCAUUUAGACAGCAAAGGAGUUACGCGACUGAAUCAACAACGCCUCGAAUGGUCGCAGCCAAGUAUUGCACUCCAUUUGUACCUCCAUUGCUUCAAGACGCCAUGAAUCCAUCCAGUGAAUCCACCUGUUAGGAACGAGUGUGUACUAUUACAAAAAACAAACAAAAAAAGUCAUUUCAAUUUGAGUUCUUCCAGGUGAAGAAUAAAAUAAUAAAAAAUCAAAUAGCGAGGCUAAAAGGGACAAAGAGUGAAAUGACUGGAUCACUGUUCCACGUAUGUGUGUGUCUUGUGCGAUUACAUUUUUUUUUUUCUUUAAGCCAGUUUUUACACCCGUGUACCUGCCGGAGAGAUUAUUAUUAUUUGUGGGGUUUUAAAAAGUAGAGUGUUUUGUUAAAGCAAGCAAUGGAUGGGGGGGGGCCUGUUCUUCAGUGCUGGUGUGUCUUGUACAUAUUUGUCUUUUCAAUCAUACUCCUCCUCCUCCUCUUCUUCUUCUUUUUCCUCUCGGGGGGCGGGGUCACCACAGACGAGGGAGGGGAAAGAAUAUUUUGUUAUCGUCCAGUUAGAGGGUGACAGUAUGUAUAUAUCUAUAUUGUAUAUAUGUGAUGAAAAUGGCUUUGUGUGUGUGUGUGUGUGUGCGUGCGUGUGUGUGACACUACCUUUGACCUGUACUAUGUUUCUACAUUGAGUGUUUCAGUGUUGAUAAAUAUAUAUUUGCUUUUGUCUUUUAUUAGUUUUUGUCUUUUGUCAUUUCUUGUUGUUUUUUUUCCCCUUUUAUUUUUAUUUGAUUUUAAUUGCACGAUUUCUGACUUUUGUUGUCCAAUGAGGUGACAGCUACUCUUUGUAUUGGUUUAGUGCUGUAAAGUGUUAUUAGAACUUGUCAAUACCACCCUCCUCCCUCUCGCCCAAUAUGCAUGAAUGGCACUUCAAGAAAUAAAAUAUGGUAACUUCA